UCGAAACAAAGUUGAGGGAAGCCACUUCUGUAGAGAUCACACAUCGAAACUCCCAGCAUGUUUCAAAACAAAAAAUAUACAUACGAAAACCGAAGAUAAACAAAAAAUAUACAUACGAAAACCGAAGAUAAACAAAAAAUGAUGCGGAAUAAGAUCUGAAAACUGUUUUUUUUUUUUUUAAACUUUUUACGUACGUUCCCCAAAAUAUUAAGGAAGAAAUAUAUCGAAGUGGUACUGUUUAGACAUGGUGUGAAGGCAGAAAGAACCACUUGUAAUAAAUAUGACCAAGUUCUUUUUCCUGAUUAUAAACCAUCUACGAGUCUAAAUGGUUGGAUAGUAAACAUUUUUUUUUUUUUAAAGAAAAUUUUAUAGAUUCUGAAUCUGUGACACUCAAACCAUAAAAAUCCGAACAGAAUUUUUUUAAGGUACAGUAAAGUAGAAUCUGGGGGGAGUAUGAUCGCAAAGUUCGCCAAAUAUAAUUAAAACAUUUGAGAUGCGAAUUGUUAUGGAGAAGAGGAAAGACAAGAAGAAAGAAGAAAGGAACCACUUAAUGUCAAUGAAUGAAACGAGAAUUAUCUCCCUUGGUUGUAUCUACGAUGGCUGAUAUCUUCAGGACGCUCGCAGAAGAAGGUAUUCAAAAAAGGAUUCUUUACGCUGGUCAAGGAGAAAUUCCUGACUAUGCAGAUGGUAAAGGAUGGAAGUUGACAUUCCACUAUGUUACCAAAAUGUGUGAUGAAGAUAGCACCGUUCUGGAUGACAGUCGUAAAAUGGGGAAACCCAUGGAGUUACUAUUGGGAAAGAAAUUCAAGUUUGAUGUUUGGGAGAAGUGUAUUAGGUCCAUGAAACUUAAUGAGGUUGCUGAAUUUCUAGUGAACACUGAUAAAGUUGACACUUAUCCUUUAGUGGCAAAGAGCUUAAGAGAUAUUGCUAAUCCUGAAAAGAAGGAACAUGCACAUACAAAAAAAGAUGCUAAAGGCCAUUGUUGUGGAAUGAUGUCUAUGACGAAGCAGUCACUUGGAUAUCCUGAUCUGGACAAAUUGAUGGCAAAACCAGAACCUCUUCUUUUCACUUUAGAACUGACCAAAAUUGAAGUUCCUGGUGGUUACAAACAAGAAGCAUGGGAAUUAAACGAAUCAGAAAAAUUAGCUGCAGUUCCAAAACUUCGUGAAGAAGGUAACGAAUUGUAUCGAGAUAAGAAGUUUAAGGAAGCCAAUGAGAAAUAUGCAGAAGCGCUUGGGAUGUUAGAAGAGCUUAUGUUGAUCGAGAAACCUGGUGAUGAAGCAUGGCAAAAACUAAACACGAUGCAGAUACCUCUUCUCUUGAACUUUUGUCAAUGUAAACUUAUGUCCGAAGACUAUUAUACCGUUAUAACACAUUGUAAUACAGUGCUGAAAUAUGAUCCAGAUAAUGUGAAGGCUCUUUUUCGAAGAGGCAAAGCUCAUAUUGGAUCUUGGAACCCUGAAGCUGCUAAAAAAGAUUUAGAACGGGUCAUAGAACUUGAUAGUAGUUUAACCAAGGGAGUUCGUAAAGAGCUGAAACAUUUGGAACAGUUGCAGAGAGCCAAAGACAAUGAAGACCGGGAAAAAUUGAGAGGAAAAAUAUUCUGAUAAUUUAAUAAACUCACUUUAUGAUUUUAAAGAAAACAAAAAAGAAAAAAAAUAUUUUAAAGAUAUUUUAAAUUUUAUUUAUAUUUAUUUACACAUUUUUAUUUUUUAUUUUUUUUAUUUUAAUUAUGUUUUUAUUUUAAAUUUUAAUUUAAUUAUUUUUCUUUUAAUUAUCUCUUUUAUUUUAAAUUUCUAUUUAAAGGGAUCUUAAACGACGAUGAUGAUGAUGAUUGUUUUAUUUCAUUCAUAUAAUAAUUGGCAGAAAAAGAAUGGAAUCAUAAGAUUUUCUUUUCUGCCAUAUUCUCUGUUGUUCUGUUAUACUUCAUGUCUUUCCCUCUGUUAUGCAAUCAAAGUUCAUGCCUUGGAACAUGUUUGAAGGUGUUACAGUUUGGAAGACCUAACUGAUUCAUAUCAGCUAAAACCAAACUGAGGUAAAAAAAAAAAAAAUUCCAUACUGGUGAUAUAUUUAUAUUCACUAAUCCUUUCUAUUUUGUAUAAAUAUCAAUGUGUAAAGAUUAUCCCGAAAAAACAUAUAAUGCAAAUUGUUCAAUAUU